UAUCGGUUUUGGUGACAGAAUAAGAAUAAGAAUUAAGACAAUUAAGCAAGUCCUAAUAUUUCGCGAGAAUUUAAUUUCGCCAAAAAAAAAUUUAUGUAAAAUUUACUAAAAUGAGACUGAAAUUCACAUAUCUAUUAUCUACAGUGCUAGGUGAAUCAGAAGGAAAAAGUGUAAAUCGUUUUUGAAAAAAUAAAAAAUAAAUUACGUGAAAAUUAAUUCACUAAGUUCCUCAAGUAACGCUUCUUUUUUAGUUAAUCAGUAAAAAAAAUGAAGACAACAGAUGACAUUCAAAUGGACUGCGCUUGGAAUGAUAGAUUUUAUGAGUUCAAAGAAGAAAAAGUUUCCCAAGUUUUAUGGAAAAAUGUUGAGACAGAUAAAUGGGUUAACUUCCAUGAUCGAAUUUCAAGAGAUUUGAAACGUCUUUCUAAACUUGAUGUUGCAUCGCAGGUCGCAGUACUUUCAAAAAUUAUUUACAAACACCAAAACCAGAUGAGAAGAGAUAAACCGUUCCAAUAUUUUAAGAAAGUAAAUAGCCUUGCGCGAAGAUAUAACGAAAUGGAUAUCGUCCCAAUGUUUAUACAUUAUCAAGAUAUUUUAAAGAUACUUAAAACUAACAGCGCAUGCGUUAUCAACCAGGUUGAGAUCCCAAGGAGGGAAUUUACCUGCUAUAUUAUGGAUCGACUGCUUGGUGCAAGUAAGCUUGCAGUUCAUAUACAAGUGGUGUGUCAAAAAGCGUUCCUAUAUUUAGAUUCGCAUAUGCGACAUGGGUUCUUCGUUCCUUUUAACUUAUUUGGCCUUGCCUCUGUAAGCAGAAUUUGGAUGUUAAUAAAGGAUGUUCUUCAUAUUUUGAAGUUGUUGUAUUUGGUUAUGAAGGAAAUUUUACAAUAUCAGCUUGAAUUACGACAGGAAUCAUAUCCAGUGACGUUGGAUGAAUGGCUGAAAGAAGAUAUGGGUGAAGUUUUACCACAGAUUGAUAUCAAAAGAGAGGAAAAAGUCAUGAAUGGCGUACUGUCUCGAAUGAUACCAAACACACUUCACAACUCACCAAUAUCAGAUAAUUUUAACGAAACAUCAGUUUCAAUAUUCGCAGCAGCCGACAAAUUAGAAGAUCUAGGAGAAUCUGUUUCCCUCGACUAUUAUCAAAAGCACAGAAAUGGUAAACUGGAUGUCGGGUUUAGGAGCGAAAAAUCUGAUAACGUCUGUAAUGAAAAAAGCUCAACAAAUGAACAGUCACACUAUUCGAAAGAUGUUCUCGAUGUCGAAGAAACAUCUUGUUUAAAUACAGGACCCUUGAAGAGCGGGAAAACUGUAAAAUGUCCUGUUUGUUCUGAUCUACUACGCUCGAUGACACCAUCUUUAAGUCUGCCGUUUCGACGUAAAGUACAUCUGCGGAAAAAAGACCGUAUGAAACCACAGGAAGACACAAGUUUAUUUAAGCUAACCAGCGCCAUAAAGAGGAAAGAACUGCUGAAAAAAUUCAAAGUUUUACGAAAAAUCAACAAAUCUCGACUUCGCUUGAAACAAAAUAAACUUCAUACCUCAAAAACUGCUUAUUUGAAACAUUUACUUUUGCAUUCGCCUGAUGUUAACGAGACAAGAAGAAUUUUAUUACUAAGAAGAACGCGAAAUACACGGCAACGAAAGUAUAAUAUUCUUUCUGAGUUAUGAAUACUACUAAAAAAGUAAUCUUUUGUGUUCUGUGUAUCGUAACUCGAAAAUUACUCCGCUGGCUUUAGUUUGAUCGCUGUGAAGUUACACUUUUGACGUUUGUAUCCACACGAAAAAAAUUUAGAAAUUCUUAAAGGAUUAUGUAAAUACUUUUUUAUAUAAGAUCACUCAGAGGUUUAAAAA